AGAUAGAUUUCAGAGGGUGUGUGUACAUGUGUUUCUCCUUCUACUGCUAAGGAUCAUCAACCAUGCUGAGAGCCAAGUCCAUCUUGGGUGACUUCACCCUACAGCUUCUCUUCCUCCUCCUUUUUUUGAUCGGCGUCUCUCCCUAUUGCCAUGUCAGCACAGCUGAUGAAUGUGAUGAGGAAAGGGGCUUUGUGCCUGGCUACAGCUUGGCUGGACAAGGCUUUGACAUCACCACGCUGGAGAAGAAGUCCAAGGUGUUGGAUCUGAGCCAGUGGCAGAAAGCUGAUGGCACUUGCACCCUGUGCCGUACCCCUUUCCUGCAGGACAGCCCUCUUCAGAGGCUUCCCUUGGUGGCCAUUGACUGGACAGCCAAAUCGACUUGUCAGAAGAAAGUUCACACUUCCAUACAAAACUCGGCCAUUGAUAUGCUUCAUGCCGCAGCAUCUGAUGUGCAGAAUGACUGGAAAGUUGGACUCGAUGUGCAGCCGAAACCUGAGGCAAAGGUACAGGUGGAAUUGGCUGGAAGUCACUCCGCGGUGGCGGACUUCACCAUGCAGAAGAAUCACCAAGACAACUUCUGA